AUGAGAAAUCCGCCUCCAUCAAGGUCGUUAUCAAAUGAAAUUACAAAUAUAAGUACCGAAGUAAAAAGGAAUAGAAAGAUACCAUUUUCACAACAGACGCCUCAAGAAAGAAUUAAAAGAACUAGACGGUAUGAGAGGAAUAAAAUUAUUUAUAAGGAUUAUAGGACUGUUAAUUUUGAAUUGCUAGAAGACUUUCCAAAAUGGUUGAAAGGUUUAAAAUACCAAAAAUACGCACCAUGUUUUGAGGGGUUGCAUUGGCGAGAAAUUAUAGAGUUAGAUGAACUUGGAUUAUUAUACAGUGGUGUUUAUAGGUUAGUUGUUAGAAGAAAUUUGUUAAUGGAGUUUAUGUUUAUUAAACGAACUUUGAGUGAGAUGGACAAAACAUUUAAAAGUCCUUCAGCCUUGACAGUAACUUCCCAAUUAACAUCAUUUCAAAGCAAUAAUUCAUCCACACCUACUCUUAGUUCUCAGCCAAAUAGUUUUUCAUUGUUGCAUUCAAAACAGGAAUCAAAUCAAAAUUAUGAAAAUAAAGAUAAUAAUGUGGAUGAUGAAGAAAUACUCACAA